UUCAAUUUGAGAGAAGAAGACCAUCUUGCCGGUUUCAUAACAUGACAUAAAGUUGACCACUAAUCUUUGAAGGCAACAGCCAUUGUGUGAGUGUGACAACAUGUUGCGACUCAUUGCAGCUUCGUGUUUUUAUUGCCGGCGGGGACAGAUGAUCCCUCCUCUCCAGGCCAGGCCCUGUUCCAGCCUCACGCAGAAGGAGAAUCAGCAGACGGUGGACGCCCUCUACAACCUGUCCGUGGACAUCCGCAAAGUGCGCAAGCUGAAGGGCUGGGUGCUUCACCAGAAUCCGGCGUACGUGAGCGAAGCGGAGGCGCUCCUGCGCGGCCUGGGGGCCGAGGGCCCAGCGAUCGCUCGUAUCCUGGAGCAGCACCCUGAGGCGGUGCUGUGUAGCCCAGAUCAGAUGCACGCUCAGAGGGAGCUGUGGGGCUCCAUCUGCCCCAACAACCGCGACCUGGUGGGCAUCAUCGAGAAGUUCCCGGCCUCCUUCUUCACAUCGGCCUGUCACCACAACAACCAGCGCGAGAACAUCCUAUUCUUCCAGAGCCUGCGCCUCAACAAGCGCAUCAUCAGCAAGCUGAUGGCCGGUGCCCCACAGAGCUUCAGCCGGCCUGUAGAGGACAACCGGCGCAUGGUCCAGACGCUGCAGGAGGCCUACCUCAGCCUGGGCGGCCAGGAGGACAACAUGAAGAUCUGGCUUCAGAAGCUGCUCAGCCAGAACCCCUACGUGCUGCUCAAGUCGCCCGAGGCCCUGCGGGAGAACCUGCUGUUCCUGCGCGACCAGGGCUUCACCAGCGCCCAGCUCCUCCAGCUGCUGGCCAAGCUCAGGGGCUUUGUGACGGAGCUGAACCCCGCGAGCAUGCGCCUCAUGCUGGACUACUCGCGCGAGACCAUGGGCUGCUCGCAGGCCCAGCUGCUGGAGAUGGUGCUCAAGUGCCCGGCGCUGCUCUACUACUCCGUGGCCGUGCUCAGCGAACGGCUCCAGGGCCUGCGCUCGGCUGGCGUGGGCCUGGAGCAGAUCGUGGAGACGCCCACCGUGCUGGAGCUCACCACGCAGAUCGUCAGCUACCGCAUCCAGAGACUGAGAGCCUACGGCUACGACAUCCGGACUGGCAGCCUGGACGCCCUCAAUGGCACCAAGAAGGACUUUGAGGCCAGCCACGGGAAGCUGCAGCUGCGGAGAGAGCGGCCACUCUUCAACCCCGUGGCUCCGCUAAAGGCAGAGGAGUGAGUGCGAAGCUGGUAAUGUUGAUUAACCUGUUGACCAGUGAGACCAGUGGGACUACAGUGGAACAGUACAGUACAGUGAAUAAAUGUUGUAAGAGUGGUUUUUGUUUAAGAUGUGCCCACUGGUGGAAGCCUAGGUAACUGUGGAACCACCUAGGUAGCCAUGGAGCCAGCUAGCUAUGCUUCUGUUGGUAUUAUAUGAUGGAACUGAUGGCUGCACAACAACAAUUAUUUUUGUGGGUCGAGCUUAGCCUGAUUUCUGAACUUUGGGGCCAUAGCCAACAAAUCUCCAUCUGGGCACAGACUAUUACAUUGUAACAUACUGAGUAUCAGUGAGCAACAACAAUAUAUUGUUUUUGUGAACGCAGAUAACCCCAACCCUUGCACAUAGUUAGCACAGUAACUAUAGUAUCAAUAUGCUGUGAUUCAACAUCACUCAGUAUGUUACAUUGUUCUGAAGAAUGCAAUUGUUUUUCAGAGAGGGCCCUCAUGGUGAGAGGUUCUCCCAUACAGGUCUAAGCCAAAGGGCCCUAAUUGUAAUGGUGGGAAAAUGUCUAACUUAUUUAAUUCAAUAAUGAGGCAAAGUCUAAUGUCUAACUUGUUUGAUUUAAUAACGAGGCAAAAUCUAUUCGCUAAUUUAAUAGCAUGAGCAAGAUCCUAAGCUGAAACAUUGGUGGAUCAGCUCAGUGCUCUCACAAGCCACACAAUGGCUUUACGUCAUGCAUUCACUUUGCACAGUGAGUGACUUUACUAUUUGCCUCUCGUUUAAAUUAGGGCCCAAAGUCUUAAAGUGUAAAGGUGCCAAAACAGAGCUUUAUGCUUGUUUUUGAACUGUAUGCAUUUCAUGGCACUGCACAGCAGAAUUGGAUUUUAAUAUUAUCAACAGUAUUGCACAGAUGUGGCAUUACUUGAAAAUAAUGGAAUGGGACUUUUAAAAUGUUGAUGAAAUUGUAUUCUGAUUUUUCCUGAUGUGAAAUGAGGUAACUCCCAGUCAAACCGUGGAACAGCACUCCUCAGUUCCCUCGAAGCUGUUCCCUCGUGCUUGCUAGGGAGUUGCACUGUAAAAAAUUUCUCCCCCAAGCCAUUUGGUGCCAGUCUUGGGUGGAACAUUUUGUUACAGGUAUUUCAUAUCACAGGCUGUCUUGACACUUGAAAGGCUGCUAUUGUGUGAAUGAGGGCACUGAAGGAAUACCUGAGCAUGGACUGAGCCAAAGCAAAGGCUCCACUGAAUAUAAAUGGAGCGAGACACUGGUGUAUAUUACAAAUCAUUUUGUGUUCUAUUUAUUAAAUUAUUCACACACAUUUCACUGUGGAAUCAG